ACUUGUAAAGAAAGAAAGGCAGAAAGCCAAAAACAACACUCUCUAAUCUCACCUCUACUGUGUGUGUAAAAUGGCGAAAAUAUGUCUGAUUCGAAUUAUUAUAUUUUGUAUUCUAUUUACCACUUUAUUCGCUAAAGAAGAAGGAUCAUUUGAUGUUCGUGAACAUCUAUCCACCGUCACCAGAUACCCUGUCUCGAAAGACAUUAAAGCAAACGCCUACGUUCCAUGGACCAUUCCUGAUCAGUGUACUCCUAUCCACCUAAAUCUUGUGGCAAGGCAUGGAACACGUGCGCCUACCAAGAAAAGAAAGAAAGAUUUGGAAACGUUAUCGACACAAUUAAAGACCCUUAUGCAAAACGCGAAAGAAAAAGGUUCGUCUUUGGAGAAGCUUCCUUCUUGGUUAUCCGGAUGGAGUUCUCCUUGGAAGGGGAAGUCAGGCAAAGGUGGAGAACUGAUAAGUCAAGGAGAAGAUGAGAUGUAUCAACUUGGAAUCAGAAUCAGGGAACGGUUUCCGCAGCUUUUUAGUGAUGAAUAUCACCCUGACGUAUAUCAGAUAAGGGCAACCCAGAUUCCACGGGCAUCAGCUAGUGCUGUGGCAUUUGGAAUGGGGAUGUUUAGUGGCAAAGGAAAACUUGGGGCAGGAAAGCAUCGGGCUUUUGCAGUUCUGAGUGAAAGCCGUGCAAGUGAUAUAAUGUUGAGAUUCCACGAUUGUUGUCAGAAUUACAAGGCUUAUAGGAAACAUCAGGAACCUGCAGUUUAUAAGCUUAAAGAACCUGUAUUUGAUGAAAUCACCCGUUCAUUAGCAGCACGCUAUGAGCUUAAUUUCACUAUAAAGGAUACUACCACACUUUGGUUUUUGUGCAAGCAGGAGGCAGCUUUGCUGAACAUAACUGAUCAAGCUUGUGGUCUUUUCAGUAAUGACGAGAUAAACUUAUUAGAAUGGACAGAUGAUCUGGAGAUGUUCAUAGUAAAGGGUUAUGGUAACUCACUAAAUUAUCGAAUGGGAGUGCCAUUGCUGGAAGAUGUCCUUUCGUCAAUGGAGCAAGCCAUUAAAGCAAAAGAAGAAGGACACGCACCUGGUAGUUAUGAGAAGGCAAGGUUACGGUUUGCUCAUGCAGAGACAUUGGUUCCCUUUUCAUGUUUGAUCGGACUCUUUCUUGAAGGAUCUGAGUUUGACCAAAUACAAAGAGAAGAGCCCUUGAAUUUCCCCCCAAAACCUCCUCUGAAAAGAACUUGGAGGGGAAGCAUGGUGGCACCUUUCGCUGGAAAUAAUGUUUUGGUUCUAUACAGCUGUUCAGAAAAAAGCACAAGCAAAUAUUAUGUGCAAGUGCUACACAACGAACAACCAAUCCCUAUGGCUGGGUGUGGGGGUAAGGAUUUCUGUCCAUUUGAGGAUUUCAAGGCAAAAAUAGCAGCUGCACACUUGAAACACAGCUAUGAUAAUCUAUGCAAUGCCAACAUGGAAAAAGGGUCGGAAUGUAAGUCAUAUACAAGUAAAGUGGUUGAUUUAUUUUGUUGGUUUUUCUCGGGAAAGGACAAGGUUAAGGCAUCCAAGAAAGAAGAGCUAUAAGGAGAUCAACAUCUGUUUUGUUUUGCUGACUCUGCAUUUCUCCAGAUUAACUUCCAGAACUGGCAUGGGAUUUUUUGGGAACCCUGUAACUAGUGAAGCUUAGCCAUUAUGGCCAUCAGGAUAGUUUUUGGUAUCUGUUCACUCAAGGGAGUAAUCUGAUUAAAAAGCUUUAGGUUGUAACAUAAACCGAGUAUUUCGAAUAAUUUGAUUAAUGUUUUUUGAUCUUGGUGAAACAAGUUGUAGUAUGCUUAAAUUUAAUGUCUUGCAGUUAAAAUCUCUUCUGUUCA